AUGGCAAUCUUCUGCAAAGUCCCAAUAACAACUCUUGCAGAAUGCAAAUACGUUUGCAAGUCAUGGAUUGAUAUUCUCUCACACCAUAUUUUUGCUAAUACAUUUAAACAAUCCACCACUUCCACUGGGGCAACCUCCCUUGUGUUGUGUGUGAAAACUGAUGACCUCUACUUUCUCGAAUUCCCUCAAGGAUCAGAGUCUCCUUACUCCUUCAAUCUUGUAGCAGAGUUUGUGAAGAGACCACCGCAGCCAGAAGCACUUGAACAUAAUCAUCGUCUCAGGGAAUACAUUACUCUUCUGCCCUUUGAAGAGGAAAGGGAAAGGGAUAUUGCAGUGGACUUAUGUGGAAUAGGGUUUAGUCUCAAGACUAACUAG